AUGGAAACAGAUGUUGUUAAAAACCCUGCUCCUCAAACAUCCAUUGCAAGAAAGAGGAGAAAGCUUAUUCUUAAAGCAAAGAGGGAUUAUCGAAACCGUGUCAGAUCAAGCAACCUCACUUCCCAUUUAAAUCAUAAUUUUACAUCUUCUGUAACAUAUGAAACCACUAUUGAAACGGCUAUGGCUAGAAAGAGAAGGAAAAUAAUCUUGGAUAACAGAAAAAGAUUGAGAAAUUUGUUCAAUACUGAAGUUAGUAGGGUUCAAAAUACAAACAACAUUGUUAGUCAAAGUCAGAACAUGGAUCAUGCAUCUACUUCAAAUUAUAAUAUGUCAAGUCAGUCCAUGGAUCAUCCAUCUACCUCAAAUCAUAAUGUGUCUGUUGAAUCUCAUUAUGAAGACAAUGAUGACUCCAACUCUGACAAUAAUUUAAAUUCUUCUAAUAGUUCCGGCUCUGACGAAGAUUCAGACCCGGCACAAUUACAGGAGGCCCAUCUUCAAGAAUAUUACGAUAUUGGCGACCAAAGUUAUGAAUGCGCACACUGCCAAGCAUGUAUGUGGUACCAAGAAAAAGUGAAUAGACACAAAAUUACAGCAACUCCUCGCUUUUAUCGUUGUUGCCGUGGAGGAAAAAUUGUUCUUCCGUUCCUUGAGCAACCUCCACAGUUCGACACAACAUAUUCUAAAAGAGGUGGACCCCCUACUUUGAGACUGCAGGGUCAGACCUGUCAUCGAAUUGGUACACUGCUGCCAGAAACAGGGCAACCUCCGCAAUAUGCUCAAUUAUACAUCUAUGACACGGACAAUGAAGUUGAACACAGAAUAAAAUGUUUCAAGGACAACAAAGGCAUCGAGCGACCGGUUGUCAAAAAGCUCAAGAUGAUGUUAGAUCAGCACAAUGUUCAUGCCAAAGCUUUUAGAAUGGCAAGGGAUGUUUUAAGGACAAAUUCUUUCACAGAUUUAAAACUCAGGUUUAUUUCUGAUAGAUCCGAAGAUGGCCGUGUUUACAACAAACCUACUGUCUCAGAAGUGGCUGCACUCAUUGUGGGAGACAUUGAUUCUGCUGAUAAAAGGGACAUCUUAAUUCAGCGCCGCAAUGGUGGUUUGCAACGAAUAGAUGAGUUUCACCCAGCAUAUUUGGCUUAUCAGUAUCCUCUUAUAUUUCCUUAUGGGGAAGAUGGUUACAGGAAAAAUAUAAUGCACAUAUAUCGCCAUGAAACUGAGGUCACUAGGAGAAACCGUCAAAGCAUUAAGGAUUGGUUUUCUUACCGGUUACAACAACGUCGCAAAGAGGCAAAAACACUACUUUACUCAAGACGCCUAUUUCAACAAUUCUUAGUCGACGGCUAUGCUAUGAUGGAAUCCGAACGACUGAAUUGGUUGAGAGAUAAUCAAUUGAAAUUAAGAGUGGGCAAAUAUAAUAAUUUGGCCGCUCAAACUGAUGGCGAUACAAGAAAUGAACACCAAAAGCGAGGAAAACGAGUUGUUCUGCCAUCAACAUUUGUUGGUAGCAAGAGAUAUAUGGAUCAACUAUAUUUUGACGGUAUGGCCAUUUCAAGUCGAUUGGGAUUCCCUGAUUUAUUUGUUACUUUUACCUGCAACCCAAAUUGGCCUGAAAUUAAAAGAGCAUUGUCAGGCACAGGUCUACAACCCAAUGAUAGGCCAGAUAUCAUUUCAAAAGUUUUCAAAAUAAAGUUUGAUACCCUCAUGGAUGAUAUUACAAAACACCAUGUCGUUGGAAAAGUGAUUGCAUAUAUGUACACCAUUGAAUUCCAAAAGCGCGGAUUGCCACAUGCUCACAUCUUGAUAUUCCUACACCCUCAGAGCAAAUACCCAACACCAUCUGACAUAGACAAGAUCAUUUCUGCUGAAAUUCCCGACCCGACUGUUCAUCCCAAUUUAUACAAAUUGGUUAAGGCACAUAUGAUGCAUGGACCCUGUGGCCUUGCUUGCGUGACCUCACAAUGUAUGAAGAAUGGACGAUGUUCUAAAUACUAUCCCAAAAAGUUUAUUGAACACACUAUUGUUGAUGCAGAGGGAUAUCCGCUGUAUAGGAGAAGAUCAAAAACCUUCACUAUUGAAAAAAAUGGCUAUGACAGAAUAACAGCAGCAGUUUCAACAAAUAGCAAUCAACCUGUUGAUGAGAUCCAACAAUAUCUCGACUGCAGAAAACCAGCUGUGGAACGUAUGUUCUAUCAUUUGGUUGGGGAGAAACCUAUAUACUAUACAGAUUAUGCACGCAUGGAAAAUGUGCUGGAAACUGCAAGUGUGACUGAAUCAAUGUUUACUGCAUGGCUGGUAGCAAAUGCUAAAUAUGAAGAGGCACAAACAUUAACUUAUGGUCAAUUUGUCUCAAAGUUUGUUUACCACAAAAAAAAGAGAGAAUGGAAACCGCGGAAAAAAGGCUUCACCAUUGGACGUCUCAUAUGGGUUCCGCCAACAACUGAUGAACUGUUUUACCUGCGCAUGAUGUUGACGGUGGCAAAAGGACCAACAACAUAG